AUGCUACAUCAUCUCGUGUGCAAAUACACCUCCAGGCCAUUCAAAUGGCUGUUCACGGCUUUUAUUGACUUCUCCUCUGCAUUCGACACAAUCACCAGAAACCGCCUGUGGGAUAAGCUCACAGAGACCAACACUGAUAAGAGACUCCUAGCUUUGAUACAAGAACUAUACUCCAACACAACGUUGAGGGGAUUCGUCUCUCCCAUUAAGAGGCUGGUUUUCCCAAAGGCAGCCCGAAAGCAGGCUCUGAGGAUUAGCAGCGUGUACCGGCGCCCUCUCCACUCAGUCCUUCUGUACCCUCCGGAUUACCUCAUUGACCCCCAGAUCCUCCUCCAUGACUAUGUGGAAAAGGAAGUGAAGUUUUUAGGUCACCUGACUUGGGUCAACACUUCCUUGAACCCUUCCAGUCGUGAUGAGCUUUUGCAGCUACUGGACACCGCCCGGCAACUCAAGGAGCUUCCUUCGAAGACGACCCCCGAGCAGGACAGCAUCCUGAGCCUCUCCGCCCGCUGCCUGCUCCUCACCUGGAGGGACAACGAGGAGCUCAUCUUGAGGAUCCCCACGCACGAAAUUGCGGCUUGCUCGUACCUGCGGGAUGACGCCCUGCACCUCCUGGUGCUCAAAACAGCGCCCAGCCCAGAAGCCUACUGCAACCUCAUCAUCCUGGCGGUGGCCAACAGGGACACAGCCGAGGAAUCGUGUGCGCUGAUCUGCCAAGUUUUCCAGAUCAUUUACGGCGAUCAAACCAUCGAGUGCGUAGACCGGGCCGGCUAUCACUACACGUCCACCCCGAAACGCCCGUGGCUGAACAGCCGGAGUGAUAGCUGUCGGACAGAUGGGACAUACGGAUAUGAUGCCGAUUUUAGCUGCUGUAGCUCCUUCGACGGCUCCCACGAAACCUUCGAAGCCUGCUGCAGUGACACCUCCUCUCCCUCCUUUCGCCGUUCCCAUCACAGCCUUGCGACCGCUGGCAGCGGGAGUGACCACAGCAGUGCUGGCUUGGAGCAGCUGCAGGACUACAUGAUCACGCUGAGGAACAAAUUGACACCCCAGGAAAUCCAGCAGUUUGCGAUGUUGCUCCGGGAGUACCGGAUGGGCCUCGCCAUGGAGGCUUACUGUGCUGGCCUUCUCCGGCUUUACGGGGAGAAACGGAAGUUCCUUCUGUUGGGAAUGCGGCCAUUCAUUCCUGAUCAAGAUAUUGGAUACUUUGAGAAUUUCCUGGAGAACCUUGGCAUCCGGGAAGGGGGGAUCCUGACCGACAGCUUCGGGCGCAUCAAGCGGAGCAUGAGCACCACCUCGGCCUCAGCCAUGCGCAGCUACGACAGCUGGUCCUUGCACUCCGAGUCGGGGUCCUUCAACCGCAUGAUCACUGACAUCACUCACGACAUUGAAGCCCUGGCACAGGAGGAAGAGGAGGAGGAAGAGGAGGAGGAGGAAGAAGAAGGCAACCAUGAUGGAGAUGAUGAAGAGAACUACCUGUGAGAAGAACAACAGUCUGACCUGAAAGAAGGAUGAUGACAGACGGUCAUGAAUCAGAAAAAUUGUGAUUUGCUUUGAUUUGUGAUUCGUCAAG